CUCCCCCCCCCCCCCCCCCUCCGCCCGCCAGUGUCAUGGCGACGGGCGGGGGGGGGGGGGGGGCGGCACACGCCACGUGACGGCGGGGAGCGCGCCGCGCCGGCCCGCUCCCCUAUCACGUGAGGCGGGCUGCCUUCUCCCUCCCUCGCCUUCCCAGCGCCCCGCAGCUUGUUCCGGUCACGUGCCCGCCCGCUGCCCGCCCCAUGGCCCCGGCGGUGGCGGCGGCGGCCCGACCCCCGUAGCGCCCGCUCCCGUCCCGGGCCCGCCCCGCGCUGCCCCUCGGCACCAGCCAGCGCACCGGCCCGGAGCAGCGCCCCGCCGCCGCCCGCACGCUCCUCAUAGCCAUAAUGGCAACGUCAUCUGAAGAAGUGUUACUGAUUGUAAAGAAGGUGCGUCAGAAGAAGCAGGAUGGAGCUCUGUACCUCAUGGCUGAAAGGAUAGCAUGGGCACCUGAAGGCAAAGACCGAUUCACUGUCAGCCAUAUGUAUGCAGACAUAAAAUGCCAGAAAAUCAGUCCAGAAGGUAAAGCUAAAAUUCAGCUUCAGCUAGUAUUGCAUGCAGGAGACACAACCAAUUUUCACUUCUCCAAUGAAAGCACAGCAGUGAAGGAGCGAGAUGCAGUAAAGGAUCUUCUUCAACAACUGUUGCCCAAGUUCAAAAGGAAAGCUAAUAAAGAACUUGAGGAGAAGAACAGAAUGCUGCAAGAAGAUCCUGUUUUGUUUCAGCUCUAUAAAGAUCUUGUUGUGAGCCAAGUAAUCAGUGCUGAAGAAUUCUGGGCCAACCGUUUAAGCCUGAAUGCAGGGGAUAAUUCUGCAGCACCUACUAAGCAGGAUGUGGGCAUCUCUGCAGCAUUUCUGGCUGAUGUACGGCCUCAAACAGAUGGCUGCAAUGGUCUGAGGUAUAAUUUGACUUCAGAUAUAAUUGAAUCCAUAUUUCGAACAUAUCCUGCAGUAAAAAUGAAAUAUGCAGAAAACGUUCCACAUAACAUGACCGAGAGGGAAUUCUGGACACGAUUUUUUCAGUCUCAUUAUUUCCAUCGGGACAGGCUCAAUACAGGCUCAAAAGACCUCUUUGCAGAAUGUGCCAAAAUGGAUGAAAAAGGAUUAAAAACAAUGGUGUCUCAAGGAGUAAAAAACCCCCUGAUAGACUUAACAGCUUUGGAAGAUAAAUCGUUAGAUGAAGGCUAUGGUGUUGCUUCUGUGGCCUCCACAUCAAAUGCCUCAAAAUCUGCUAGAGAAAGUAGCAAUGCUGCCAUUAUAAAACGCUUUAAUCAUCAUAGUGCCAUGGUCCUUGCAGCUGGCCUCAGGAAACAAGAAGCACAAAACGACCAUUACAGUGAGACCAGCAGUACGGAUGGAAACUCCAGGGAUUCAGAUUUCUUUCAGCCACCAUUGAAAAAGGUGAAACUGCAGGAGUCCAUUGAAUAUGAAGAUUUAGCAAAGAAUAAUAGCAUUAAAACUAUUGCACUAAACUUAAAGAAGUCUGAUAGGUAUUAUCAUGGUCCAACUCCAAUUCAAUCACAGCAAUAUGCAACCAGUCAGGAUAUAAUUAAUUCUUUUCAUAGUAUUAGGCAAGAAAUGGAAGCAUAUGUACCCAAACUAACUCAGGUUCUUUCAAGUGGUGAUGCUACUAGCACUAUUGCAGUCCUGUCACCUGGAGGAGCACUUAUGCAGGGUGGAACACAGCAAGCCAUAAACCAGAUGGUGCCAAAUGACGUUCAGUCUGAACUAAAACACUUGUACGUGGCAGUAGGGGAACUGCUACGUCACUUCUGGUCCUGCUUUCCUGUUAACACGCCAUUCCUAGAAGAAAAGGUUGUGAAAAUGAGGAGCAACUUGGAAAGAUUUCAGGUUACAAAGCUCUGCCCAUUCCAAGAAAAGAUUCGGAGACAGUAUUUAAGCACAAAUUUGAUAAGUCAUAUAGAAGAGAUGCUGCAGACGGCCUACAAUAAGUUCCAUACGUGGCAGUCCCGGCGUAUGCUGAAGAAGACGUGAAAAUGCAUGCUGUACAGGUUUGAGAGCAAAAUCUGCAAUAGGUAUAGGAGUACAACCUAGCAUAUGUGCAGAUCUUAUAGUUGCUGCAGGAAGACCUGCAAGCUGUGGACUUCUGGAAACGAUGCUAACUGAACUUGCACAUUUUUGAAAAAGAACUGAGAUUAAACUUGAAAACUGGGGAGAAAAACAAGGAAGAACCAAAACAGAAGAGCUGAGGCGCAAAAAUAUUUAAAAGACACUGUUUACUGCAGUUACUCAGGAACUGCUUUUGAUUUGCAUAAAGAGCUGCUUUCAGAAAUAAAAAAUUUAAAGAGGGUGUAUUAAUAAAAUUUGUUUUUCUGUCUAACUUUUUUUUUUUUUAAGAAGUGUAUGGCACAGGGUAGAACUCAAAAGUUUUUCCUCACUGGAUUCUGACAUUUUAUUGGAUUCUGUUUGUACUUUCUGCAACAGUUUUAACAAUGAUAUUUUAAAAUAUAGCUGAGACUGGUUUUGCUUCAGACAUCUGGGAGAGUGUAGCUGUCAGAAGACAAGCUUCUGCCGUAUGUUUCCCCACUAAUUGGAAGCAAGAGACAUUGCACUGAAAGCUGCUUAUGGUCUGGGGUCCCAAAAGGCACAUAGGGGCAAACUUUUGCCUGAAGUCUUGGAUUUUUAUGCAGAAUUUUUUCAGCCAUCAGUUUUGCAUGUUUUCCUUUGAGUGCAAGUGUGUGCUACUGCAAUCUUUUUUUUUUACGGUGGCAUUUGUUUUGAGGAAAGAAUGCAUUUUUAAAAACAAAGUUAAAUAAAGUUUCUUACAAAAGUCUUUUAUUUUAAAUUCUUAGACAUUUUUAAUUUCUUCUAAAACUGUUUUCCCCUCAUUGUUCCCUUUUGACUGUUACACUAUUUUUGGCGAAUUGAUAAUCAUUGCAAAGAGAAAAAAUGUGUUAUUUACACAGUGUCCAUAGAUAUUGGGAAUCUGUGCCAUACUUUGUUCUAAAUAGAAUCAGUUCACAGUUUCAGACCAACUUGUCUUGUACUAAAUGUGACUUAAAUGCAAAGUAAACCUGGUUUUCUAUAAGAUAUGCA